CAACCGGCCGCCAGCCGCCGACCCAUUCGACGCCUGUUUAUUUCAGUCGCCGAUUUUUACUACAGCUCGAUUCGUUUUUUGUUUGCCAUAAGUUUGUUUAGUAGCGAUCGGUGUACCGUACGCGAACCACGUGUCUCUAAACUAUUUUAAACGGGAAAAUGGGCGUGCAUCGCUAUAUCACUACCAUUUUGAGGAAAAAACUCUGUUUCAAAUACCGGAGCUGGUGUUAGCUUCGGUGUCCCUUUAAAAGUGUUUGUGUGGAUUUGAAAAAAAAGUGUUUUUGUUUUCGUGACUUUAACCCAGUGGCGUGCCAAGAAGCGAUAUGUCGACUGGAAAUUUGUCUGAUAUUCGGCAACCGCGCUCGAGGAAAAUCAGUCAAGUUAGUAGAACCGACAGCGAGGUGGCAUGCGAGGAGGCGGCCCGCCUCACCGCCGAGCAGCACCUGGAGGAGGAUGAGGAGGGCCUUUCCUACUGCGACUACCACGACCUGCCGCCACCCCCCGACGGAGGCUACGGCUGGGUCGUGGUAUUCGCCUCCUUCAUGUGCAACAUGAUCGUCGAUGGUAUCGCCUACACCUUCGGAGUCUUCCUCACGCCCAUGAUGGAUCACUACGGCGAAACUAAGGGCAAAACAGCUUGGGUGGGCUCGCUGCUGUCCGGCAUGUACCUGAGCGCCGGCCCGCUGGUCAGCGCACUCACCAACAAGUUCGGCUGUCGCACGGUGUGCGUGGCGGGCAGCCUCAUCUCCACCCUGGCCUUCGUCCUCUGCAUUUUCAGUCCCACCGUCAACUGGCUCAUGCUCACCUACGGCUUCCUCGGCGGACUCGGUUUCGGGCUCAUCUAUCUUCCGGCUGUGGUAUGCGUAGGAUACUAUUUCGAGACAAAAAGAUCUUUAGCCACAGGAAUAGCGGUUUGUGGCUCAGGGGUAGGAACGUUCGCAUUCGCCCCCUUAGCAGACAUGCUGUUGCAAGCCUAUGGUUGGAGAGGGGCUAAUCUCAUCUUAGCGGGACUUAUUUUGAACUGUGUCCUAUUCGGAGCCCUCAUGAGACCACUGACCUAUCCGAAAGAGUCGGGAGAAAAACCGUUGCUACAGCGCAUGGCAGAAGAGCGUCGAAUUCAAAUGGAGAGAGGUAGCAUAGGAGGGUCGUACUUCAUGGUGCAACUGCCAGAUGGUACCAUGGAGAAAAGGAUGAAGCAGCCUCUCAAUAUUGAUCCAGGAGUUCAUUCCAGUUUGAAUCUAGACCAACUUGCCCCUGGUACACCUAUAACUCCCAUACCUACAGUUCCUACACUGCCCACCAUCGCCGAAGUUAAGAUAACGGAGCAGAGUGGCAGUUCCGGAAGUCCUAGUCCUGGAGAUAGUACCGGCGAGAUCAAACAUCCGAGACUAUCGGAGCUGAAAAACAACACAAGCGCUAAUGCCGAGGGAAAGGACCCCAAAAUGCCCAGAAAUGCCAGCCAACCUGCUUUUACGUCCCAUGCUCAAGGUUUGCCAAAGAACGGAUCUGUUCCCACAUUCGAUAGAAUAAGAAAGACGUCGAUGAGUGAACGAUUCAAGCCAACAUUGGAUCCAAUAAAGUCCUCGUCUAGAGGGAAAGUCAACGCCUCAAACGCUGACAUGAGAAAGUUAAGAAAUACCUCGACCGGUUCGUUCCUUAGUCGUAAUAAUAAUAGCGAGGUAGACGUGGAAAGUCUAGCUUAUACGUCAAAAUUGUCACUGGCUCGAGAAAAAAGCAACAUGGUCCGGCCGCUUUCGAGAAAAGAUAUUUUCUAUUCGGGUUCCAUCACGAACCUGCAGCAGUACCAGUCACAAAAGUCUCUGACCAAUUAUCGACAAAGUAUUAUGAGUAUACCGAAAAUAAAGGAAAUGGAACCGGAUGGCUCUCCUGAAGAUAUCUGUCCCUGUUUGGUGUUGCCCGACAGUUUCAAAUCGGCUCUGUCCCAAAUGCUGGACGUCUCCCUAUUGAAAAAUCCCGUAUUCAUGUUCAUAGCCGUUUCGAACUUAUUCGCCAUGGCUGGACUGUAUGUGCCAUUCGUCUAUUUGGUAGAUUACGCCAGAGCUAAUCAAAUAGAAGCGACGAAAGCUUCAUUUUUGCUGUCGAUCAUCGGCAUAACGAACACGGUGGGCAGAGUGGCUUGCGGCUACUUCGCGGACUUCCCCCAAGUCAACGCGCUGCUGGUCAACAACGUGUGCCUCGUUAUUUCCACGAUAGCUGUCGCUGCCACGCCUCUGUGCCAUAGUUACCCCGCUUACAUAGCCGCAGCUGUCGCUUUCGGAAUCGCAGUUUCCGGCUUCAUCUCCCUCACCUCCAUCAUCCUGGUCGACCUGCUCGGCCUGGACAAGCUGACCAACGCGUUCGGCCUGCUCAUCCUGUUCAGAGGCGCGGCCGCGAUCGUGGGCUCGCCCAUGGCCGGCGCCCUCUACGACUCCUUCCAGAGCUAUGACGUGCCUUUCUACGUGGCGGGGGCGCUGUUCGCCCUCGCCGCCCUCACCAGCUUCCUGGCGCCGUGUAUGCGGCGGUUCGCGGGCGAAGAGCAGACGGCGCAGGGGGAAGGAGACGUGCUCAAGCCCAUAGGUCAGUGUAACGAAGAUGAAGAAGAAGACGAGCCAAUCACGAUGGGACAAGGCAACAAGCCGUUGCCCAGGAUAAUCGAGACCGCUUCCAGUCCAGGGGAGAAGGAAAUCAAACAGAUCGAGUGCCCAGUACAAUAAACAAAAAUAUAGAAGCGAUUCUUCAACAUUGUGAAGAGUUCAAAAAGAUUCGAUUUUUGAAAUUUUUUUACCAAGGCCCAUCCCCAUUUCUUCCUCAAAAAGAAAAAAUAGUACAUAAUAAUAAUCAAACUGUAUUAGUAGUUCGCAAAGCUUACUUUAAGGGAAAAACAAUUUAAUUUUUUUACUUAGGACUGUAAGAUACACUCUAAAAAUGCGUUUCACCAGUAUUAGAAUAAAAAAAUCGUUUUUCAGCUGAUUAAUUUUUUGUUUUGAAAAAAAAGUUGAAUUUUAUUCGAAUGAGUUGAAUUGGGAAUAUAAAACAAAUUCAUGAGACUGAUUUUUGUACACUACGAAUUGCAUGGCUUUUACAAGUACCCUAUUUAUACUUAAGUUAGAAGAAAUGCAACUGAACUGAUCUUCGAAUAAAACGCAACUGAAUUAUUCUGAAUUUUCUUCUAUACACAGUGCGCAAAAGUUUGUCCUGUGUAUAAUAAGAAAUAAAUAGCAUAUGUAGAACCUUAUAAUGCGAAAUACAUGGUACAAAAAAUGUUUGCCCAUAUAAGUAACCUACGAUCACUAUUUUUUAUAACAGAAGUGAAAACCUUAUGGUAUGUGUCAAUAAAAUCUGUAAAUUUCUCUUUUUUUUUUUAAAUGAACUUCUAACUAUAAAAAAUGUUUGUGAGUAAAUUAAAUAUAAUAAACGGUGAAUCAUAUUUUCACAGGUUACGAUAGAAAACAGAAGUUUUGAUUGAACUCAAUAAGGGGCUCUGUAUUGUUCAUUACGUCUGAAAUGUGUUCAUUAAACUUAUUUAGGCCUACAAAGUCUAAUGCGGCCGGUAUUUAUUAAAAAAAACUUGUACUUCCAGUUUUAUCAUUGUAUGAAAUUACUCAAAAAAACUUAAGAAAAUAACUGUUUGAAAAAGAAUGUAAAACAGAUCUGUAAGGAUGAUAGAAUGUGAACUAUAGAUUAAUCCAAAUAACGAGACUCGUUUGAAGACUAUGUAAAGAAAUACUUAAGAUUCAAAUCUUAGCAUUGUUGCCAAAUCGAACAUUAAUAAAUAUCUUAACAUUAUUUAAUAUUUUGUUUUCUUUUUACUACUUUGAAUACUUUAUAUUUUUCUUUUUUAUAUUUUAGCAAAGUAUUAUUAAUUAAAUAUCUGUGAUAUGAAUUUUAAAUAUAAAUACUUGUUAAAGAAAAGAUAGUGAGUAGUCAAGUACGGCAACGUGAACUAGAGGUAGAAAAGCAUUGUAUCAAUGUUUUGUCAACAAAUCUUAAGAUGCUUGAAAAAAAUCAUGGAAUGUACUUAGUCGAGUCUCGUUAUUUAUUAUAUAGAGUGGUCAUAAAUAAACAUUGCAGGAAAAAAUAUUGUUGUGUAAUAUUUUAGUAUCAUUGGAUCAUUUCUUUUGACAAUUAUUUUUUUCUGGAAUGUAUAUUUACCCUGUGUAAAAUCUAUUGUAUAAACCUUUGCAAAACAAAAACGUUCAUUAAUACCACUUUCUACUAAUUUUAUUACCAUUUUAUUAUAAAUAAUUGUAUAUAACAAAACUAGUUCUUUAAUUUUUAUUUGUUAUUGUAUAAGUUUUAACCUAAGCAGAAAAUAAUAUAGUCUCUACACACCUUCCAACUUAGUCAAGAUUAUUAAAUGAAGUAAUCAGUCAAUCUACCUUUAAUUAAGUUAUUUAGGCUAAGAAAAGUCUACACAAGUCAGAGGGUGCGUAGACACUUUUAAGCUUAAAAAAUUACGUGCAAAAAUGAAUGAAAAAAAGUCGUACAGUCUCUAACUUAAGAGAAAAAUUAAUUGUAAGAAGUAGUGUGUGCGUAUAAUGUGUGUAUAAGAGCAUAAAAACAUUAAGAGAAACAAAUAAAAAUAAAAGCGUCUGGGACAUUAUAUUUUGACGUUUUGCCUGUGUUAAAUCGCUGUUUAACAAUAUAUUAUAUGUAUGUACAUUAGACUUAGUGUUUAGGUUUCGUUCAAAAAAUGCUCAGAACAGUCACAAGUCGGUAUAAAAACAAACAAAUAAAUUGUAAAGUAACUCUGUAGCCUUAUAUAGAUUACUAGGUACCUGUGCACCUAAAUAACGUUUCAUCAUCAGAAAUAUGAUUCAUUAAUAAAUAAAAUUGUUAUGAUCUCUCGA